AUGAGUUCGAUUGGAACAGGAUACGACCUCUCAGCUUCACAAUUUUCGCCUGAGGGAAAGGUUUUUCAAAUUGAAUACGCGUACAAAGCUGUAGAAAAUAGCGGAACAGCUGUGGCGCUUAAGGGCAAAGACGGCGUUGUUUUUGCUGUUGAAAACAUCGUCCUUUCCAAACUUCAUGAACCAGGCUGCAUAAAACGUGUUUUUACGGUUGAUGCACAUAUUGGAAUGGUUGUUGCAGGGCUUCAGUCGGACACAAAGGCCCUUGUUGAAGUUGCAAGAGACGAGUGUUCUAACUAUAGGGAUACUUUCGGAGCACCUAUUUCAGCUAAAACUCUUUGUGAGCGCAUAUCAAUGCACAUGCAUGCCUACACACUAUACAGUGCCAUUAGACCGUUUGGUGUUUCUAUUCUUCUUGGAUCAUAUGAAGAAGACGGUCCUCACCUGUUUGUUAUCGAACCAUCAGGAAUGUACUAUGCGUAUGAGGGCUGUGCUAUUGGUAAAGCCAAACAAAACGCCAAAACUGAACUGGAACAACUUAAGUUAAAGGAUAUGACCAUAAAAGAACUCAUCAAAGAGGCAGCAAAAAUUAUUUACACAGUGCAUGAUGAAAUCAAAGACAAGACGUUUGAAUUGGACCUCAGUUGGGUUGGAAGUCAAACUGCUAAUCAACACCAACUGGUUCCGAGAGAUGUCCACCAAGAGGCGGAGGAGUACGCGAAACGUGCCGUUGAAGAAUCUGGUGAUCUUGAUGAAGAAGUUGGAAUGUUAUAG